UGAAUGCGGCACAAACGUAAAAUAGAAUUGUAGAAGUUAAGUUGUAUCUAUAAUUCGGGAACUCAGCAAUCACACAAUGCCUGAGCCAAUUGUUAAUGAGUUCCAUGUGGCACCUAUCUUUCUUACUCGGGAUUACAUCGAACAGAAGCUGCGUGCCUACGUCAAGGAUGCAAAACUACAAUUGACGGAACUCCAGGUCACACCUGGUACGGCCAAUGGAGAGAAUUUUGUCAGCGUGAUGACACGCAUUACUAUGAAAUACAGGGGCAAGGAUCUGGUAAACCAAAAAGCAACCUUUUUAGUGAAGACUACAUUCGCUGACAAGGAUCCGGUUGCCCAUCUGCUGGAGCCAUACGGCAUUUAUGUCCGUGAAAUGGACAUGUAUGAGGAGAUUCUACCUAAGUUGUCCGCGAUUAUCAAGCAAGACUUGCAUGAUCCUAGAAAGCUGUUUGCAGGCACAAUGAAUGUGGAUCGAGAGCGCACUUCAAUCAUAUUUGAGGACAUGUCCUUGGAAAAAUAUUUUGUGGCAGACCGUAUCAAGCAAUUGGAUCGCGAACACGCUGAAAUGACUUUGGAAAAAUUGGCCUUAUUCCAUGCCACUUCCAAGGUGCUCAGUGAAAGACAGCCUGGAAUUUUUAAAGACAAAUACGAACGGUGCUUUUUCAAUAAGCACACCAGAGGCUACCAACCAAUGAUGGAGAAUUUGAUAAAAGCUUUGGAAAUAUCCCUAAGAGAUGAUGAGGAACUGUAUCCACGCUAUGGAGAAAAGCUCAAAAGAGUCGCUGAACAUAUUAUGGAAUAUUGUGAAAGAGUAAUGGAACCGAAGAAGGAUGAUUUCCUGACCUUGUGUCAUGGUGAUCUUUGGACAACGAAUAUAAUGUUUCACAAUAAUGAUGAAGGAAGACCUGACAAUGUGAUCUUCAUAGAUUUUCAGUUUAGUGUCUGGAACUCACCGGCCAUAGAUCUGCAAUACUUUUUCUGGACAUCCUUGCAAGAAGAUCUUUGCCAUACCGAAAUGGUUCAAUUCUAUCAUACAAAACUUGUUCAUGCUUUGAAGAAUCUUAAUUUCAAGGGUCAUAUACCGAGCCUAUUCGAAUUUCAGCAGCAGUUCCAAGCUCGUUCUUUUUAUGCUAUUUUUGCAGGCCUGGCUUUCCUGGCCUGCAUGAUGCACGUCGGAAAGGAAGAGCUCUCCAUACAAAGGGCCAUUUCUCCUUUAAAAGAAGAUGAAGCUGUACGUGUUUCCUUGUAUAAAACCAAAAUUAUGCGACAGAAAAUUAAGAGGUUUUUGCCAAUUUUUGAUCGCAUGGGCUUAUUAGAUGACAUGUAGACUUUAUAAAUAAAUAGAAUUGAUAGUUUAAAUAUCUGAUGUUCCAAUGCAUUUAUAGGAUAAGAGGUUCUUAGGGCUGGUUAAGAAAAAAAUGUCAGCAAUUUGAAGAAUGUGAAACCUUGUUUGGAAUAACUAAUAAAAAAAUCUAGACAUGCACGUUCACGUCAAAAGCUUUCGACCCAGAUCAAUUGAGGCGCGGCGACGACGA